AUGACAUGCACUCAUAAUGACGUGCAUCCAACAUCCUCCCUCUCCCAGGCGGCAGACAUGUCACGGCUGAAGCACCCAGCAGUGGUGCCGCUGCUGGGGUACUGCAUCGACUACAAUGAGGAGACCCUGCAGAUGGAGCAAAUCAUCGUGUCUCAGUUCAUGCCCAAUGGGGAUCUCUCCCAGUGGACCAUGCCAGGGGCCAAGCCCAUGUCAUUGCGUGUGAGGCUGGCGGUGCUGGUGGACGUGGUGGAUGGGCUGAGCUUCCUCCACAACCGUCGGAUCACGCACCGCGAUGUGAAGCCGGCCAACGUGCUGCUGAUUGCCGACAUGCAGUUUCGGAGUGCUACUGCUGGAGAUGCUGACCGCAUCACACAUCGGAGAAUAGGUGUGUUUCAUUUCCCUCAUCUGUAUGCCGCAGUCCACUCGCUGCCUCGGAUGACUGUUGAGUUGACUAAAAAUUCUCUCUCUUCGCACACACUCAUGCAGGCGGCUGCCGCGCUCUCCAGUGGUGACAUCAGCUCCAUUAUAGACCCUCGGAUGGUCUCCCCUGCAGCAUUUGGUGCUAGCAUUGUGCAUGCUGAUGUCAUGAACAGCCUUGCAUCCCUGGCACUGGCAUGCACGGCCAUGCCUGCUGCCUCUGGUCCCUCCAUGGCCAAAGUGCUCUCACAGCUGAAGCUACUGCACGAGGAGGUGGUGAGGCGGGAGGGGGAGAGAAUAUCGCAGUAA